AUGCACACGCCUCCUGCGAAUGAGUUCGGCGUGGUCUACAUUAUCGAGAAUGCCCAGCAAUUUUGGUCAGAGCUCGAAGACAUGCUUCGUCUUCCCGACAAGCCUUUGCUUUCACAACUUGACGGGGCUUUGCGUCAGUUCAUCACCUUCUGCGCCGUAUACCAUGAACAAUAUUUGCAGAGCCCCCUGCAAAUAGACCACGCCUGCAACACGAUCCUUUCCUCGGAGCUGUUUUCUUUCCAUUCGGAACGGAUGUGUGAGCUCAUGGUUGAGGACGCGCAGACGGUACAACACAGAUCCCAUUACGAGAUGAUUCUGUAUUGCGUCAUGCUAGCAUUCGGUCGUCGGAGUGCAGUCUUCCUCCGCUCCCAGAAACGUUGGCACACCCUCUUGCCCCUUCUCAUGGACCACGUUCGCUCAGAAGUCGACCCGGAGAUCGACGCCCACUACUACGGUGCCUCUUCAGGGACGGGCUCAGGUGCGACGCGUUCAGCAGUCGUCCCCAUUGAAGCAAAGCUUCGGUCAUUAUCAGUACGGCUCCUAUACGAGGUAUGCCGCGUCCAGAAGAUGUCGUGCAAGACCUUCGUACCGUGGUUAGGUAUGUUCGAUGACGCGUUUAUGGACCAUUUGUUCGAUCUGGUAGAGCAAACUCGUGACAUGGACGAGACUCAUAGUAGGUGCCGAAUGGUGCCAUUUCGAUUCCGUGUGACAUGCCAUCAGGUCGCUUUGAACGAGCAGUUCAUGGUCGCGUCACUCCAACCACACACACCGCAACCGCACGUCAAUGGCUUCGCGCAGCAGCAAGAGAGCUCGAAAAGACCUGAAUCAACGAAUCGCGUGUUGCGGAUCCUCAUGUCUCGUGCCUCAUCCAGUCCUACUUUUGGAGAGAACUUAAUCUUCAUGCUCAACCGGGCCGAUCGAUCACCAGAGGACCAAUGUAUGCAGCUGCUCGUGCUCAAGCUGUUGUAUUUGCUUUUCACCACGAAAGGGAUGUCCGAGUUCUUCUACACCAACGACCUUUGCGUCCUCGUAGAUGUCUUCCUGCGGGAGAUCGGGGACAUCGACGAGGAGAAUGAAUCCUUACGGCACACGUACCUGCGCGUGCUCCAUCCUUUGCUCACGAAGACCCAACUGCGCGGUAUGCCCUAUAAGCGUCCACAGAUAGUCCGUCUCCUCGAGUGUCUCAUCGAGAACGAAUCCAUCCGGGACGUCGACCCCACCACCAAGCGCCUGGUCUCGCGAUGCAUGAGCGGGGAGUGGUGCGUGCAAUUCCGCAAAGACGCCCCUUCGACUCCAGGCCUCGAUGCCGUCUCGGUCGCCUCUGCGCCAGAUUCGGCAAACGCGGUAUCUGGUGCGCCGAAGCCUCAGCUUGGACGGAUGGACUCCGUGCGCGGGAAGCUCGCGAAGGCCAGCAGGAGUGCAGAGCAUCUCCCCCUUCCGUCACCCACUACAACGAAGCCCCGCACUGUAUCCAGUCAACAUACCUCAUACGCCGCGAGUGAUCACACCGCACCGCCAUCUACGUCCAAUCAUCACCACACGCGGAAGGGACCAGGCCCAUUGUCUGUUCCCCCACGCCUCGCGAGCGGGGACAGCGCGUCAAGCCUCCCGCACGUUGCCGCCGCCGCACCGAGCACGCACAACAAGCCACGCUUCCGCGCGGGCUCGUUCAACCCCGAAGGCCUGCCAUCCUCGUCUUCGUCCUACCACCCCCACUCCCCUUCCUCUUUUUCCCCCUCGCGGCGCUCGCCCCCGGAGAUCCGCGUGCUCUCUCCGACGUCGCCCGCGGGCACGUCCCCAGCCCCCGGCAUGGCGUCGCCGACGCUCUCGACCUCGUCGCGGAGCUCCCUCGAGUCGACGGCGGCCGGGAAGACGCGGCGUGCGCCGCCCGCGCCCCCGAGCAGAGGGCGUAGGAAGCCGCCGCCCGCGCCGGUGCGCGCGUCGGGCGUCGCGGGGAUGAACGCGAUCGCGGCGAGCAGCCAGCCGAACCUGCCUGCGCUGGCGGCGGGCAAGGCGUCUGCGUACUGA